AAUUAGUAUCAAUAUCAGAUAGAUCACAGUCAUUUAUUUCAAUAACAUUAGCAAAAGCAUUUACUGAAUCAACAAUAUUAAAUUCAUUAUCACCAAAUUUACAACACAAAAAAGAUAAUCGAUUACAACAAGAAAAUUAUAGAGCAACAAAAGCAAUUCAACAAGCAAAUAGAUAUAGAAAUAUUGCAAGAUGUACUUUGAAUGGUUUUAAUUUUGAAUUAGAAGAUAGUUUUGAUCUUUCUAUUUGGCAACAUAAGCUUAGUAAUUUGGAUAUCAGAUCAUUACUUGAACCACCUCUACUGGCUAUAUCACAGUUAUUAACUGGAUUUGAUAUUACUACUGCAUCUCCAAAUUUAAAUUUGAAUAUGAUGAGAUCUUUGCAAGCUAAACUUGAUCAUAUUAAUCCUUUUGUUCAAAUAUUUCAAAGUGCUGGACAGCAGGCUACAAGAAAUUCUGCUUUAAAAUUAAAAAUUUCUAAU